UUGAAGUUCGUACUUUGUAAUUUUUUGUUGAUGAUCAAAAUAAUGUACAACUUAUUGCUUGCAAAUAAUUAUAAUAAUUUUUAAAACUACUAUUGCAUUGCAUACAUUGAUCAAUAAAGGUACCGAAAGUAGACGUACUGGGUUUAUAUCAUGUCGUCAAGCGAAGUUACGAAGCUUCAGAACCAUUUAAGCCUGUUGAAAGAAGAGUAUAGCAAGCUACAUAAACAUUGCAUAGAAGUGGAGAACAAGUAUACAUUAGCAGCAGCCUCGGCCGGUGAUCUCAGUGAAACUAGUUUUGUGGCAAGAUUAUUAAUGACUGUGUCCUCGUUAUAUGGCCGAAAUACCUACUCAGAUAUCGAGAUUAAGCUUCAGAGCAAGUCAGUCCCCGCUCACAAGUUUGUACUGAAUGCUAGAUCUGAUGAUUGGAAUGAGGAGGCUUUAAAAGAUUUAACAGAACUAGACUGGACAAUGCUGCCAGAUGAUGUUGGUUCAGCUCUUCUAAAAUGGUUGUACACUGAUCUAGUGGAUUUAUCUCGGGGAGAUGUCUUUGCACUGCAACUCAUGAAAUCAGCUGCCACUUUCAAACUGCAUGGAUUAGUUGGGAAAUGUGAACAAGCAUUAAUAGCCACUGUUGGUGUUAGAACGUGUGUUAAGUUCUACUCGGCAGCUGAUGAGAUUGGUGCGACAGGGCUGAAGGAGCACUGUUCUGGGCUUAUAUCAGCACAUUGGGAUGAUCUUUCAGGCGAGGAUUUCGCGCACAUGUCGUCGGCGCUGCUGUACCGGAUGCUCAAGAGCAAGACGCCGCAGCCGCUCCACGGAGCCGUGAGGUUACUGCGGGAGGACGUUGUGUUCCUGUGCCUCGUCGAGAACCACGCCAAUCUGACAGAUAUAGUGAACGCCAUGUCGUCUCGGGGCGAGCUCCCCCUGGAGCUGGCCCUGCGCGGGCGUUGCGCCUCUAUCGCCACGACUCUGCUGCAGCACUGUGCCGACCCUGACGCACGGGGACCCAGGGGCAGAACCCUGCUUCACAGAGCUGUCGACGCCAGGGACUCUUUCUCGGCCAAGUUUUUGGUAGAGAAUGGCGCGGAUCCUAGUCUGGCAACCAAAGAGGAGGGCGACACAGUGCUGCACCUGUUGGGCGGGCUCACCGCGAGCUCCUGCGACCCAGAGACCAUGCAGCAGCUGCUGGAGAUAGCUGAGGUCGUCGUGCAGAAGGGCGCUGACAUCAACAAGCAGAACAGGAAGGGAUACACGCCGCUCCACCAAGCCGUGAUCGCACGAAAUCAAAGAAUAUUCGAUCUUCUGCUAAAACAGCCCAACCUUGAUCCGAACCUGCGCACAUUUUCUGAUGAGCAUCCGCCGCUGUACUACGCCCUGGUCGACGACCGACGCGCCUCCAUAUCGUCAAGCGAAACACUUGUCAUGAACGGAUCCAACCCGUUCGAUACGCCUGUCACUAACAAGGGUGCUUUCACUGAAGAUCCUGUGGAGGGCAAGCCGGAAAGCAUCGUGGAGAGAGGUUUCGCGGCCAAGUUGCUGGAGAAGGGAUGUCAGCCCAAUCCUGUGUACUCGGGCUCCGGAGAUAGCUUACUACAUAUUUUGAUUCAAGGAUGGUUUGAGGAGUCAGCCGUGUUUCUCGUUUCACAUCUUACCACUGACUUGAACCACACCAACGAGGCGGGCGUGACAGCCCUGCACUUGGCGUGCGCUAACGGUCUAGCCAAGCUCGUAGCAGCCCUACUGGAGCGCGGGGCGCGGCCCAACGUGCAGACUGCGUAUGGAGACCACGACGACACGGUGUAUAGACAGAGUCCUCUGCACAUGGCAGUACAAAACAACCACGAGAGCGUGGUGACAGCGAUACUGGACCACAAGAAGAUGGUGGAGAAGGGAGAGCUACCGGACACGGACCGCUCCAACGUCACGCUGCUGCCUAACCUCAACCUGAAGAACUCUGAGGGUGACACGCCCCUCAGUCUGGCACUCUUUGAAGGUCACCACCAGUUAGUUGCGCCGCUGAUAGAAGGCGGGGCUGACCCUAACGUAAGAAACGGCAAAGGGUUUACUUUGCUGCACCAGACUAUCACAGAGGAGGACUCCAGAACAGCUAUCUACUUGCUAGACCAUGGUGCUGAUAUGAACGCUUUGACCGAGGCGGGGGAGACGCCCCUGCAGCUCGCGAUCCACUGCCGCCUGGGGCUGGUGGUGGAGGCGCUGUGUGUCCGCGGGGUCGACAUGAGCCGUCUGGACGCCCAUGGGGUGCCGCCGCUGUGGGCCGCGUUGGACUCGCAGCAGGAGGAGGUGGCCAGCAUUCUGGUCCGGAACGGUGCCGAUGCUGAUUGCUGGGGUCCGGGGCCGGAUGGAUCCACGCAGACAUUGUUACACAAAGCGAUAGAUGAGAAUAAGGAGUCGCUGGCUAUGUUCCUGAUCCGGUCGGGAUGCGACAUCGAGUCCCCGCGACGCGAGGGUCCCACGGGAGACGGGGGGGAUCGACACACUCCGCUACACUUGUGCUGCACCUGGGGGCUGUGUGACGUAAUACAGACGCUUCUGGAACACGGCGCUAACAUCAACUCGAAAGACGCAGAGGGCAAAACCCCUCUUCACAUUGCCAUCGAGAACCAACACGCCGCGAUCAUAUCGCUGCUGCUCUCGCAGCCAGGAGUCGACCUGUCGGCGCGGGACAACCGCGGCAUCACGCCCUUCGCGGCCGCGCUCACGGCCAGGAACAACAAAGCUGCUCAGGCCAUCUUGGAGAAGAAUCCUUCUGCUGCUGAACAGGUGGAUAAGAAAGGGCGUAACUUCCUGCACGUGGCGAUCCAGAACUCCGACGUAGAGAGUGUGAUGUUCCUGCUGACGGUGAACGUGGACGUGAACUCGCGCGUUCAGGACGCGAGCCUGGCGCCGCCGCUGCACCUGGCGGCCGCGGCCGGCAACGAGUCGCUGCUGCGGAGCCUGCUGCUGGCGGGCGCGCGCCCCAACGACCGGGACGCGCACAAACGCACGGCGCUGCACGUGGCGGCGAGCAGCGGCGGGCCGACGCAGGCGGCGCUGGUGUCGGCGCUGCUGAGUGGCGGCGCGGACGCCAACGCGACGGACGCGGGCGGCGACAACGCGCUGCACGUGUGUGCGCGCGAGGGACACGCGCCCGGCGCGCGCGCUCUGCUGCACGACUGUGACAUCGACGCCACCGCCACCAACGUCAAGGGACGAAAUCCAUUACACGAACUGUGCUGGUGCAAAAAGGACAACGCGGCGACCAUUUGUGAGAUCUUCUUAGAAUAUAUUCCUGACUAUCCGAUCAACAAGACUGACUUACAGGGCAACAGUCCCCUCUUGCUCGCGUACAUGAACGGGCAAGCUGCAAUGUGUCGCGUGCUCGUGCGGGCAGGUGCGUGCUUAGCCCUCGAGAACAAAGACGGAGUAUCUAUAUUUAAUUAUCAGGUGGCCACGCGACAGUUGCUGCAUCGACUGUUGGACGCGCUGCCGGCCGAGGCGCCGUGGGGCGAGAGCGACAUGUGCCAGGAGUGCGGCACCAAGUUUACUCUCACCAUGAGGAAACACCACUGUCGACACUGCGGACGUAUGCUGUGUAACAAGUGCUCGAGCCAGGACAUCCCGAUCCUCAAGUUCGGGCUGAACAAGCCCCAGCGGGUUUGCGAGACCUGUUUCAACGUGUUGCAGGUUGGCGCCAGUUAGCUGUAUAGGACACUUUUCUCUUCGCUGUUAUUAUGUCGUUACAACCAUUUUGUUUUUUAUACCUAUGCGAAGUAAAAAUCUAACCCACAAUAUUAUAUUUACACGUUACUUUGUAACCAGUAACAUUAGCAAUAUGUAAUUAAUUGGUAUUGAUAGGUACUAUUAUUGCCAUUGUAUAAAAACUGUAAGAGAAUUAAUUAUAAAUAAGAGUUUCGACACUGUCCGUUCAUUACCUGUUGUGGUAUGUCAAUGUGUCGAGAGGGAAGUAACGGCUCAUUUUAAGAUUUCAAAUAAUUAAUUUUGAAAAUUUACCGAAUAGUCGAGGACAGAAAGGUUAAGAAGUGAACUGUAAUUGUGAAGUGAUAUAGAUUCCGUUACCUCUCUGUUGCAUACAUUGAUAUAUAAUCAGUCAGCUUGGGGAGGGGUUAAUAGGGGAAUGGGUUCGUAAUUAUCUUGGCCCGGAUCUGCUCUUGUUGAUCGUUCUUAGAAGAGGUAUUGAUUUGUUCCAUUGGGACUGUGUGGAAUGUUUAAAAUUCUGUCCGGUGACAUAAAACGUCAGUGCUAUAUGUAUGAGUUGCGUGCUACUUUUUCAUAAUAAGAACGUGUUGGUAGUGCAGAAGUUCUGUAUCAAUUUAUCUAAUAUUUAUAUUCAAAUACUAAUUAAGACCUUUCAUUUCUUAUUUCUGGGAAUUCAAAUUUAAUCUACACCAGGGUAGCAUCUGUAUAUGACAACUGAUUUUUUUCAACAGUGUUACAUCUG